CCGCCAAUCUAGACACGUUCUUUAUUAUUAAAUUGGCAUAUCUCAAAUUCUGGAGUUUUAUACGUACACUAGAAAAUAAAGGUACGUUCUACGUGGCAGUUGAUUUAUUUAAAAGCUUCCGAGAAUCUUCACGAGAAAAUUGAAAAUUCACCGUUGUUAGUUUAAAAUGGGUCUAACAAUUUCGAGUGUGCUAACCCGUUUAUUUGGCAAAAAGCAAAUGCGCAUUUUAAUGGUGGGAUUAGAUGCUGCCGGUAAAACUACAAUUCUAUAUAAGUUAAAGUUAGGCGAAAUCGUUACUACGAUACCGACCAUCGGAUUUAAUGUUGAAACAGUGGAAUACAAAAAUAUAUGCUUUACCGUUUGGGAUGUCGGUGGUCAAAACAAAAUUCGCGCUUUGUGGCGCCAUUACUUCCAAAACACCCAGGGACUUAUUUUCGUUGUCGACUCAAAUGAUCGUGAACGUAUCAGUGAAGCGGAAGAUGAAUUAAAAAAUGUGCUGCAAGAAGAUGAGUUGCGGGAUGCUGUCUUGUUGGUAUUCGCAAAUAAGCAAGAUUUACCCAAUGCAAUGACUGCUGCCGAGCUCACUGAUAAAUUACAAUUGAAUGAACUACGUAAUCGUCGUUGGUAUAUACAAGCUACCUGCGCCACUCAAGGAGAUGGUUUAUACGAAGGAUUAGAUUGGCUCUCAAAUGAAUUAGCCAAGUAAAUUAUAAAUUCUUUUCUAACUUAGUUCGAACUAUUAAUAAGUUGAUGUUUUAAAUAUGUUGUUUUAAUUAGGUUACACCUUUUUUAAGAUAUUUCCAGUUUGUGAUCUACAUAAGUAAAUGACUGAUUAACAAGAAAAGUUUAAUAUA